ACACAUUCUGAUGUGCAUGUUUCGAAAUGCAUGGUCCAGGCGCAUGCGGCUUGCCUUCCGAUUGAUGCCGUUAAGUCUCACGGCGUUGAUCCUAAUCCGAAAAAGGGUUUAAACGGCAUAAACACAUGCAGAAACCAAACAAAGAUGGCUGCAUCAAUGUCACUGAUCGCCAGCUCUGUUUUCUCGUACCGUUAAAUUGAUUUUUCGUUAUUCAUAUGUAGCAUGGAGGAAAGCCCCUCUGAAAUCCAAGUGAAAGAAUGCAGUCCAUUAAAAUUAGAAAUACAAGCUGACAGUGGUCACUUGCUUGAAAGUAAAGGCGAAAAUUCUGUUCGUCUGUUGGUGCAAGAGGAGGGAAGAGCAGCUCGUAAUCUUAUAGCCUUCAGUGUACCGUGCGACAUGGUCCAAGUAGAUUCAAGUAAAGUUGCUCGGAAACCACCAUCAUCCCCGAGGACUGUGCAGGAACCAAAAAAGGAAGAUGCACUUCCUCGAUUAACAAAGAGGGCCUCUGACACAACAAACCCUGGGUCAAGAGUUCGUUCAGCAUCCACUGGUAGAGACAAAAAGUCAGAACUACAGGCAAGGUAUUGGGCCUUUCUCUUUGGGAACUUACAAAGAGCUGUGGAUGAAAUAUAUCAGACUUGUGAAACAGAUGAAAGUGUCUCAGAAUGCAAGGAAGUAAUCUUAGUUCUGGAAAACUUCACCAAAGAUUUCCACAAUUUAAUUGAAUGGUUUCGUCUGAAGUGGGAGUAUGAAAAGACUCCACCACCUCAAAGACCUAAUUCUCUUGCAUGGGAAGUCAGAAAGUCUUCACCAGGCAAGUUACCUCCUCAUGCUUUGCCGACAUUCUGUAGCCCUGUUCGAAGGGUACUCAAUUUUGGGGAUUCUAACGACAAGGAUCGCCCAAGGUCUAGUGCUGAGAAAAUAACUGAUACCUUGAGAACAGGAAAAUGCAGUCCUAUCAUUCCUGUUGUAGAGGAUCAAGAAAUAAUCACUUUUGAUACUGAGCCCAAUGACUCUGUGGAAAUCAAAGAAUCAAAUGUUUCAAGCAAAGAUGUUGGAAGUGCUUCCUCUAACCAGUGUUUCUCAAAUCCUAUUGAUACCAAAAAAGAUGAUCUACCAAUUAAAACAGUUGAACCAAAGUUGGAAUCCAGCCAUGAUUUGAGAAAUGAAAUGAAACCGAAGAUUGGAAGAUCUUCUCCUGACGUCAUGGCAGUCAAUGAGAUUCUAGUCAGCAAUGGGGACUGUAAAAGCCCAAUGACCAGCGAGCAAGUAGAUCUGCAUCUGCCUGGUAUGACACACCAAGCCUGUCAAACUGAUCCAGAGUUAGAUGAUUUUUCUUCUACCGAUCAGUAUCCUAACCCGUUAAUGGUUGAUAAAGGGGUGGGAACUUCGGGGCUCGCAACAGCGAAGACGGGAUUGGCAACUCGACCAUCGGCCACCACGGCAGGAAGAGUGUCAAGCAAUCCCCCCACAACAAAUGCAAAUCGUACUCCAGCAUCCCCAUUCACAUUUGCUGGUGUUGCCACAAAGUCUGCUUCAACCAACUUAAGGAACUCCAUAAGUGCUACAGUGAAAAAUACAAAUGCAACCUCUAAACCAGUACCAACUUUAUCAAAUUCCACUGCAAAGAUUCCUCAAAAUAGCAAUGGACCAACAGGGACUGUCUUGAAUGCAUCCACUUCCAGUGUCAAAAUUGUCAAUACGGUGCCUGCAGCAGCCAAAGGUCCAGCCCCUACAUCGGUUUCCAACACACCUAAACCAUCCUUAUUUGCAAUUGUGACAAAAUCAUCUCCUGCAAAUGCAAUCAAGAGAAAUGUCAAACCUAAUCCUCAAGUAUUACCUACAGAGAAUAGAAACCAAGCCUCCAGUCGUUUUUCUGGCCCACCCAAGCUUCAAAGGAGUAGAACUGUGGCGGAAGUCAGUAGAUCUAACAGACCUCCCAACAACCGCUCAGGGGGUUCAAGACAGUUCAACAACAUGAAUGAUAAAGGAGUGUAUGGCAAAGGAGCAUCCUCUGUAGAAAUGGGUGCUGGCACAUAUGAAAAACCCAAGAACAUUGAUAGCUCUAAUCUUCAAGAUGGUUGCAAGAAAAAUGAAUCAGGAGAUGACUCCGGUUGGGAGACAGUGAAAAAUCGUUCUCGUUGUAGAUUUAGCUACAAUCCAAAGACACGGUUCAAUAAACCAACCUGCGCAAUGUCUCUGCCCGCUUUAAUAAUUGUUGAUGAUGAUGAUGAUGAUGCUGAUACUCCUUCUGCAAAGGGUGCUCUCACCAAACAGAACUCCCAGGGUGAUGGACCACAUCGUCGGCAUUCUGAAAAGCUGGAGCCAACCAGCAAGUCUGCUGAUGCUUGUAAAGUAAAGAAGCCUCAAAAACAGAAACCCAGCGGCGAUGUUUCCAAACCCACUAGAGUCAAAGUAGAGAAAACGGCCAAUAAUGUAUCCAAGCAUUCAUUUGGAAAGAAAGCUGCUAAAGAUGUCAAGGAAGAUAAAAUUGGCCCUUCAUCAGGGCCUUGUCUUCAAGAAACCAAAACUUCCAUCAAAGGCGAUGUAAAUGAAAAUGUAAAAAAGGAGCGGAGUAACGGUCCAGAAAUAGAAAAACUAUGGAAAUCUUGCAAUGGCAACAAGCCUGUUGAGCUUGACCUAGAUCCACAAUUGAGUGGUGACGAGUCGUCUGUUGGGCCCAGGACCAGUUCCACCACAACUCCAACUACCAUGACACCAACCACAACUCCUGCCACUCCAACUACUCCAACUAAUUUAGCUUCCGACAGCUUGGCCUUCCUCCGAGACAAUGAAUGUGGAAUUGAACGAUUGAUAUCUGAUGAAGAGGAUCUUAUUGCAGAAAGGACACUUCUAAAAGAGGAGGAACGAAAAAGUCAGCAGCUGUAUGAAGAAGAAGUGAAACUACAGCAGCAGAUUGAUGAAUUGCAAUCUGGUGAACUGGAAGUCGAAGUGGAGACCGAUGGAGAGACACCAAUUGGAACUGAAGAGGAGGAGGAAGAGGAGCUGCUUGGUGAAGAUGAGCCCAGGGAUGUGGACGUUGAAGUCGACACUGUGUCUCUUGAAGCCCAGUAUGAAAACAUGCUAGAAGACAGGAUUUGGCAGGAGCGCUUGGAGAGGAUUGUAAAGUAUGAAGAAAUGUCUGCCAGAGGGCUGUCUUGGGCUGAACGCAUGGACACUUUGGAGCAAUUGGAAGCUUUGGUGGCAAGACACCCUGGACGGGCUCUCCAGUUGCAUCAAAAGCUGUCUAGCCCCUCUCGAUCACGUUCAACAACCCUGCCUGAAACUUUGCGCCGCUUUCAAGCUAGGCAAGAAAAAGCACAACAAAAAAGGGAAAGGCUUCUUCAGCUGAAAAGUCAAAGGCUUCGAGAUUUAUUAAACAAAGUUGGCGAGGUGAAGGCAGCUCAGGCUCAGCUCACCGAAGAUCGCCGUCUACGAUUGGAGAACAAGCUGAAACGUGCUGAAGAAAACAGAAACCUUCAUUUGAGGUCUAUUAAGCGUAAAGCCCACGAUGAAGAAGAAAAAUUGAAAGAAAUCGCCUUUAUAAAUGAGUUGGAGGCUCAAAAUAAAAGGCACGACUUCCUAGCCCUUCGUCAGGAACAAGAAGAGAGACUUCUGGGCAUUGCAGAGGAGAGGCAGCGCAAACAGGAAGAGAAGGCUGCCAAAGAGGCUGCUGUUGAAGAAAGAAAGAGAGUCCUGGAAGCUGAACGCAUACAAAAGCUGGAGGAGAUGCAAGCUCGUCGCAAGCGUAGGGUGGAGCGCAUCCAUAGGGAGCAGCUAGAGAAGGAAAAAGAGAGGCAGGAAGCUGCUCGAGAAAAAGCUAGAGACAGGGAAGAGCGCCUCUCGGCUCUUCAUGCAGCACAACUGGCCAAUCAGGAAGAACUCCAGAAGAAAAUCCAGCAGAAGCAAGAGGACUCAGCUCGACGUCAUGAAGAGAACAUUGAACAUAUUCGACAAAGAGCAUUAGAAUCAGCUGCUCUUCGGUACGCGGAUGAUGCUGCUCCUGCGCUGGAACCUUACAGAAGCAAGAAGCUGUGUACUUUGUGCAAUGUCCUGAUUGGCUCUGAGGUGUACCUUUUGAGUCAUUUACGAGGUAAAAGUCAUCAAGAAGCUCUCCGCAAGUCAUCAGCUAGUCGUGCUAAUCCUGCGACUGUUAGCCCGAGAGAAGAUUUGGACCAUAUCACAGAAGCUCCUCCAGACUGUGUUGAUGAAAAGCAAGAACGUCACAGGGAAAGGCAACGUGCUCUACGCAAGCGUGGCAAGAAGUUACGCCUUCGUAUGACAGCAAGGGGUCAAGAAUUUGAAAAUAUGUUAGAAAAAGUAUCAGGGAAGGUAACAUCCCCUAAUAGUUCAAGAAUUCAAAAGUGCUUACGUGAUGUGGAAAAGCUGCAUAAUAGUCAGGGUCUAGGUCAAUGGUCAAAUAAUGCUGUGACACUUUUGGAAAGAGCCCUUUCUGAAAUGAACAGGAUCUUGGAUAAAAUGGAUAAAACUGAUCAAAUGGCUUUCCGCUUAUUGAAUGGUUUCACAAUACUCAGUAACAUUCUGAGCCUUGGUCUUAACGUCCCAGAAGGCAUGCCAUCAUACCUUCCAUCAAAGUGCUUUGUGACAGCCUGCUGUACCCUGAAUCUAGCCUGCCAGGAUUACCCGCCAAAUGCCGAGUUCGUCUUGAUGUCGAAUCGAAUUCUGACGAUUCUCGACCUCCUAAUGAGCCGACUGACGGAGGUGGUGCCCGACGAGGACGAUGCGCCGCAAACCAAGAGCUGCACCAAACUGCCGACCGACCCCAUCGCAGUGGCGCUGAUGCGGCUGUUGACGCAGCUGCUGGACCUGGUGACGGACGGGCCGGUGGCCGCGCGAGUGCGGGACGUGGUGAGCUCGGCCGUGUGCAGCGGCGCGGUGGACCGCCUGGCGCUGGUGUGCAGCGGCGUCCGCGACCCGCUGCCCGAGGGCGAGCCCUGCGCGGCGUCGUCCAGCUCCGGCGGCGCGUCCAGCUCGUCGUCGGCCAUCCUGGCGCCCCUGUGCACGUCGCCGCAGUCGUCCUUCCUACUGGCGGCCCUGUCCCUGCUGUCGGCGCUGACGCGGCGCUGCGGCGGCGUGGGCCGCGCCGACCCCAGCGGCCUGGGCGCCACGCUGCAGAGCACCGAGCUGGUGGGCGCCGUGUCCAUGCUGUACGGGCUGCUGCUGCAGCAGGGCGGCGCGCCCCGCGCCCCGGACACGCCGCCGCCGCGCCUCGCGCCGCCCACGUCCUGCAUCGCCAGCGCCACCAUCGCCCUCCUGGUGCAGGUCGCCGAGCUGGACCUGGACAUGCUGCAGAGCAUCCUGGGCGCCGAGGGCAUCUCGCUGCAGCUGCGGCACAUCUCGGCGCACCUGCUGUGGGUGUGCGGCAGCCAGGACGCCGUGGACGCGGGGCACCCCAAGCUGCGCGACGUGCUGCACCGCGUCAUCCGCGUGCUGGGCUACUUCGUGGCGCGCAACCACGACAACCAGGUGGUGCUGCAGUCCGGCGUGCAGCCCACAGUGCUGCAGCAGCUCUGCCAGCUGCCGUUCCAGUACUUCUCCGAGCCGCGCCUCAGCGUCGUCCUGUUCCCGACCCUGAUCGCGUGCUGCAGCGACAACCCGGAGAACAAGGCCAUCCUGGAGCAGGAGCUGUCCUACGACCUGCUGGAGGCCUUCCAGGGCACGCCGCUGGCCGAGGCCGACAAGCUGAUGGCGGUGAUGCGGUCCAGCAAAGGGGCCACGUCGAGCAGGGCCUCGUCGGUGUGCUCCACGACGGCCAAGACGGCCAAGGCAGGCGCCGCCGGCCUGACCACCAACUCGGAGGAGGACGACGAGAAGAAGGAAGCGCUCCAGGACGCCGCCAAGUGCGAGAAGGACAGUAAGUCCCCCGAGGCUGGCCGCGCCGACGCCGUAGAAGCCCCAGCCAGACGCCCUGCGGCUAAGCGACACAAGGGCGCCGCGAAAGCCGCCGCCAAGGCCAUGCAGUCCGCGGCCAAGGCCGAGGAGGCCGCCAAGUCCGUGGCCAAGGCCGAGGAGGCCGCCAAGUCCGCGGCCAAGGCCGAGGAGGCCGCCAAGUCCGCGGCCAAUGCUGAGGAGGCCGCCAAUUCCGCGACCAAGACCGAGGAGGCCGUCAAGUCCGCGGCCAAGGCCUAGUAUGUGAUCCAGUCAGUGAUUAUUUCUAGGGAUGGAAGUAUUUAUUUUUAUGUUUAGUUAUGUGACCUGAUGUACUUUAUGUUUGCCCUCUUUUUCCCUUUGUUCUAUUUAUGUUAAAGUGAUAGUCUUUUUUGUUUGGGAGUCAAGUGCUUAGUUGAGCAGGAGUUCUGGUCGAAUCAGUUGUUUUACUUUCCUCCUGCUUGAAAAGAUGUCAACUAAGCAUAUUUAACACUGAAUUUCACCAAUUAUCUUGAAUCAACUUUAUCUUGAAUUAAUCCAUCCUGCAUUGUGAAGGAGAGAUUUUUUUUGAUAAGUCUCAUUCACUUUACAUAAAUUUAUAAGUUACCAUGAGCUAUAAGACUUCUUAUGAAAUUGUUAGGCUUAUUGCCACUGGAGGAGGUCAAAAUUGAUUUACAACCUUUUGAAGUCUGAGGAUAGCAUUAAGACAAUAUGUAUACACUUUUGAAAAACCUAAUUUUUAAAAAAAUCAUGCCAUUGCAUUUUGAGGCAUGACAUAUCAUGUUAUUUAAACUUAUGCGACUGUUGUUUUGGGAAUGUGAUAACCAUUGUUUUAGCUCAAAGAGUGUCUUUCUUGAAAGUUUUGUGCAACAUGUUGGCCGUCCAAUCUUAACAACACUUUUUCUUUAGGGCCUAUAAUUUUGGCUGGUUCACUUUCUCUUAUAACUUUCAUACAACAAUUUGUGGCUAAGUGGUCCAUUUUAUUAAUGUAUAUUUACUUGAGUAACAUGAGUUUUUUUCGAACUUCGUCUUAAUAUUAUCCUGAGCUCUUUUCCAUAGAGUUUAUAUUUGAGUGAUAUUCUGCCCAAUUUUUUGGAGCGAGGUACAUCAACAGUAUGGUAAAAGUAUUGUUAUAGCUAAUGCACCUUAAUAAUGUUUAAACCGACUUACCAAAGAAUUUGCUCUAACCUCCAUGUUAUUGCUGUGCCUUCUCCGUGUUUUUUCUCUAGUUCCAGUUGCCUUUUUGUUUGUUUGUUACAAAAUGAUCUUGUAAUGGGUGAUGAUAGGGUUUUUUCUUCAAUUGUCUUUUCAAGUAUGAAUUAUUCUAAGUAUGAAAUUUACUGGAAAUCUUAUGCAGGCCAAUUUACUUACACUUUUUCUUAGUUUUGUACUAAUUGCACUACAUAUUUAUUAACUGGAAAUAGUAGCGCCAGCGGCUGCCUACAGUUGUGAUCAAAGGAUGUUAUUCAUCCUGAUAUUUCAAUGUUACCUUCCUACAGAUGUUCACAUCAGAUUUCUGUACUCUAAUUACUAUUAUUGUGAUCAACAAGUGAAUAAUAUAGGAAUAUCUGAGCUGUGAUGAGAUAGAUUAAUUUCAUUGUAAUAUUAAUACAGUAAUAAUAAAAACUAUUGAAAUAA